GACGCGCAGCAUGGCGGAUCGUCCAAACAUGAACGAAGAAGAGUGCGCUCGCCAUUUCUCCUCAUCCCUUGUUCCAGUGAACCUUGCUCUGCCGGAGCGUCUCAUCCGUGUGUGUGUGUGUGUGAACACACAGCGGUAACAGAUGGCCUUCGCUCUGCCGGUGUGGCUCGCGGUCCACGAGGAGCUGCUCCGACACGGAGAGGCGGACUGCGGGACUUGCAGCUGCUUCGACGAGUUCGACGACGAGGCGUUGUUCCAGCUGUUCCACCUCUCCAGACCCUGCGUCGCCUUCAUCGCGGACGCCGUCCGCGGCCGCCUGAAGACGCUCCCCCUGGACGAACCCGGGCUGCCCGCGGACGCGAUGGUCAUGCUGGCCCUGAACUACUACGCGCACGGGGUGAACUCCGCCCCCGUCCUGCAGAGGGUCGGGCUGAGCCAGGCGGACGGCGCCGCGCUCGUCGUCGGCACGGUCUCCGGCGUCGUGGCGGCGAUGUCCGACGAGUUCAUCUCGUUCCCGCUGAGCCCGGGCGCCAAAGCCAACGUCGCCUCCAAGGUCGAGGGCCUGUGCGGGAUCCCCCGGGUGCUGGGCGUCCUGGCUCCGGCCCACUUCAAGAUCAGAGCGUCUCCGUACGAGAAGAACUCGUUCAGGUCCUUCGUCAACACCCUGGGCUACACGUCCGUCGUGAGCCAGAUCGUAUGCGACUCGGACGGCAACGUGCUGAGCGUCGACCGGUGCUGUGUGGGCAGCACGUGUGAGCAGGAGAUGUGGGAGUCGUCGUCCGAAGGGAAGGAGAUGGAGAAGGAGCUGCUCGGGUCCUACUGGGUUGUUGGUGGGAAAGGCUACCACUUGAGCACACACAUCUUGACUCCCCUGUCAGUCCCUGACGGUGAGAGCGAGAUCCGCUUCAACGAAGCCCACGCGAAGAUCCACAGCGUCAUGCGGACGACGCUCGGCUCCCUGAAGAGGCGUUUCCGGUGUCUCAUGCAGCUUGGUUUUGCGCAGGAAGCCUCUUUGAACAAAAAGUCUAACAUCAUCAAGGCGUGCUGUGUCCUGCACAACAUCGCAAAGAAGUUCUCCGUCCCUCCGCCGCCGCCGGCCGGCAAAAUUGAGGCCCUGCAUCCAGGCAAGCAGCUGUCGGCGCCGGCAGAGGUCGACCCGGAGGCCCUGCAAGCCCGACAGAAAGUCAUCGACGAGAACUUCUCCGUAGUCUCCAGUAGCCAGGACCCAGCAGGUAACGUCACAGAGGAGAGUGAGCGAGCAGAGCCGGUGUGUCGUCUGCUCGAGGAAGCAUCAUCGACACAUCAUGGACAAACACUGGAUUGAAAGCCAGCUUAGAUAAUAUGACAGCUUACUGAUGAUGUUUUUUUACCAUGUUUGCAGAGUUGGAAAAUACACAUCCAGGUAUCUUUGUGAAUAGAAAAUAUUUUUAUUUCUUGUACAAAUACAUAAACACUCUUUUCUACUUACAUUUGUUAUUUUUAAUAAAUGGAAUUUAAAAACA